AUGUCAAUGGAAAACUGCUGGUGGGAUGGAAGCUCCAAAUCCCGAUAUAAAGAACUUCAGGAGAAAGCACUGAAUAAUAAUGAAUGUAAAGGUUGCAGCGUCACAAGAAAAAGCGCUUUACAGGCUGCAGUGGAAAGAUAUCCUUCAGUGGAGAAAGAAGUACCGAAAAUUAUGAAUGCCUGGUGUUAUAUACAUACAAAAGAGCAGGAGGACAAACCUAUGUACUGUGACCUCUUUUACUACUGGCUAGGAGAAAUCCUAUUCCGUGAAUUGAAGAGCGAUGCAUCCGUCCGCCGGGAAGUUAUGAAAAAUAUUUAUGAGAAGUUACAGAUAUGGAAAAAUAUAGACAAUUGCACAAAGACCUUCCCAAAUGUGACGCCAGAGGAGUUCGGACGCCUAAGAGCUCUAUACUAUUAUACACAGGACUACAGUCAAAUGAAGGAGAAAAUAAGUACGGCACGUGAUGCAUGUGCUGAAGAAUACAGAACAUUCCUGAAGGAGGUUCAUGAUACAUAUACGGACAAGGAAGGCAAGUGUAAGCGUCCAAACAAUCAUAGAAACGAAUACUGUACCAAAAUUGAAGAAAUAUUACGUAACGAUGAUAGGACACCGAAGGAUCCAUCAGAAAUAUUACCCGAGUUGAAAGGUAGGUUGACUCCUUUAGAAAGUGAAAAACUAAAGUAUGCGGCUGUAGAAAGACCCUCAGGUCAAAGAAAAAAGAAAAUUAGGGAAAGAAAGAAAUACGAGGAGAUGCAUUAA